AUGGAUGACAGCAAUCUUCCUCCAAUAGGGGACACUCCCGCUCUAAACCAAAUCAAAAGGUACGAGGAAGACAAGACCAAGAAACUAAAGGCUAUUGCUUGCCUUUUCUCGACUGUCUUGGAUAAGGUGUUUUUAAGGAUUAUGAACUUCGAAUCACCAAAGGCUGCUUGGGAAAAACUGAAGGAAGAGUUCAAUGGGGGAGUCAGAAGCAGGAAGAUAAAAAUCUUGAGAUUGAAGAGUGAGUUUGCAUUACUCAGAAUACAGAAAAAUGAAUCAGUGAAGGACUUUGCCUCCAAACUCUUGGAUGUGGUAAACAAAAUGAGGCUGUUUGGGGGAGGAUUUUCCGAAAUCAAGGGUGGUAGAGCAGAUUCUUAUCAGCUUACCCCUAAAUUAGAGUUUAAAAUCUCAGCCUUGGAGGAGCUUGCCGACAUUGAAUCUAUCUCCUCGGCUGAGCUGAUAAACAAGCUUCAAUCUAGUGAGCAGCAGGGAAAGAAAGUCGUUCGGUGCAACUUCUGUAAAAGGCUUGGUCAUAAGGAAAAAUUCUGCAAGCAGAAACAGAAGCAGGAAGGAUCGCAGCCAAAGCAGGAACUACAACAUGCCAAUGUCACCGAGGUGUCCAGUGAGCAAUGUACUACAAUUCUCGUUGCAUCAAGUGAGCUGUCAGUGGAGGAUGAUACUCUCUGGGUGGUGGACUGUGGGUGCACCUCCCACAUGUGCAAGGAUGAGGCCUUGUUCGUGUCACUUGACAAAACAGUCUCAGGCCAGGUACGGCUUGGAAAUGGUAUGUUGGAAACUCCAUUGAGGGCAAAGAAUCUUUUGAGUGUGAAUCAGAUGACUGAUCGAGGCUAUUCAGUUGCAUUCAAGGAUAAUUGCUGCAGGAUAUAUGAUCCUAAGGAUAGAUUGAUUGCUUUCAUCCAAAAGAAGGAUCAAGCCUACUCCUUGAAGCUUAGAAAAGUAGUCAAGAAGGCCAGUGUUACCACUGUGACAGAAGGUGAGAUAUGGCACAAGCACCUUGGCAUUUUCAUGUGGUUGGGCUACAACAACUGCAGAAGGGAGGCCUAA